AUGUUCAUGCUCAUUCGAGAGCCGUCUGCCGGAGGAGGCGGUGCUGUAGCGAUGAGCACGCCACAGGAGAGGAGUGCAAAACAGGUGCAAGCCUCCAUCAAGAAGAAGCUGGAGAAGCAGAAGAAGCGAACCAGUGAAGGUGGAGGGGGUGCUGGAGACAGUCAGACAGCUACACCUCAGCCCGCUCGCCAACAGAAAUCCGCUCAGACCCUGCAGGCGUCAGCUGCGGCCUCUGAGGACAGUCAUUCGCUGGAGGAGACGCUGGAGGAGAUGAUGGAGGGGCCACAAAGGAGAGAGAGGGAGAAAGAAGAAGUGGAGCCUGUCGACCUGCUUCCCAUAGUGGACUCUGUGUUUGGACAGGACAGAGAGCUCAGACCAGAGGAGAUUGAAGAACUCCGUGAGGCGUUUGUGGAGUUUGACAGGAACAAAAAAGGCUACAUCAGUCAUAAAGACCUGGGGGAGUGCAUGAGGACCAUGGGAUACAUGCCAACAGAAAUGGAGCUCAUCGAACUGAGCCAGCAGAUCUGUGGAGGUAAAGUGGACUUUGAGGACUUCGUGGAGCUGAUGGGACCCAAGAUGCUGGCAGAGACAGCAGACAUGAUCGGAGUCAAAGAACUACGAGAUGCAUUCAAAGAGUUUGACUCUAACGGUGACGGUCAGAUCAGUUUAACUGAGCUGCGUGAGGCCAUGAAGAAGCUGAUGGGGGAACAAGUGACCAACAGAGAGAUCAACGAGAUCCUCCGAGAUGUCGACCUCAACGGAGACGGCCUGGUGGACUUUGAGGAGUUUGUGCGAAUGAUGUCUCGCUGACUGGUCCAGCUGCCCACAUGUCCGAUGGACGCACAGACAUUAUGCAACUGCUGGAUUAGUUAACACACUACAUUGUAGUGAACAUUAUUCUUCUGCUCUUAAGAGCCCUUAACCAAAAUUGUAUUUUUAUAUUAAAUAAAAACAAGCUUUGUAUAGACAAAUAGCAUCCAGCCUGCAUAUGACAUCCACAUGUGAACUGAGCUGCAACACAAAGAUAAAGUAUUUUAACAGCUGUAAAACAUAUCAGAAGCUUAUAGACAACAUUUAUGACUGUUUUUAGAUGUAUUUUUAUAUAAUCAACGUUUGUCCUAUGAGUGUAAAAUCUUGUUUGUAA